AUGGAUAUUGCAUUCGAGUUCAUCCGACAAAAUGGGGGCAUAGCUAGUGAGGCUAGUUAUCCUUAUACAGCUGAAGUUGGAACUUGCCAUGCUUCAGAGGAGGGGAGGAAACCAGUGGUUUCUAUCGAUGGAUAUGAGAACGUGCCCGAAAAUGAUGAGACUGCAUUACUUCAAGCAGUAGUAAACCAACCUGUAUCUGUUGUCAUUGAUACUGCAGGUUCAGAAUUCCAGUUCUACUCUCAGGGGGUGUUUAACGGAAAUUGCGAAACAGAACCGGAUCAUGCAGUGGUGAUCGUCGGUUACGGAACAACUAUUGCUGGAAGCAAGUAUUGGAUAGUGAAGAAUUCAUGGGGAAUUCAAUGGGGAGAGGAAGGUUACAUAAGGAUGGAGCGAGGCAUCUCAGACGAAAAAGGACUUUGCGGCAUAGCAAUGCAAGCUUCCUAUCCUAUCAAGAAUACCUCAGAAAAUCCUACAGGAAUCAAUUCUUCUACUAUAAAGAUGAUUACUGAAGAAUGA